UCUUGUGGUAAGCAUUCAUUUCCCUAUCACUCACCUGUGACGCUGUUUCCCAUCUUGAUUCCAACCUCAAAUUCGUCGGCGAAAAGGGGGAAAUUCCAUGGAAAAAUUGUGCAAUUGUGUAAAAAACCGGUGAAUAGUAAUAAAAGUUAUCUGGUUCUGGUCAGUCAAUCACUUAGUGAUUAGCCCACACACGAUAUUGUGUUAUUUUCUAAGAAAAUCCAAAUAUCCCUUGUCGAGAUGUUUUCUCGCUUCCACGCCGGCCGGCAGAUCAUUUCGCACCUGAAGAGGUGCAAAUCAUCGGCAGCCGCACUGAAACCGCAGGUGAUAUUCAAUCGCACUGAGCGACAGUCAAAAUUCACUCCGGGAAGCGAAUAUCAUGGCUUUGUGUGCACCCGGACAGAGUAUGUGCCGGAUUUCAACAUGACGGCGUACUUGUUCAGGCACGAGAAGACAGGAUCUGAGUACCUGCACAUCGACAGAGCGGAUUCCAACAAUGUAUUCUCGAUAAACUUCCGCACGACGCCAUUCGACUCCACGGGAUUGCCUCACAUUCUCGAGCACACGGUUCUGUGUGGCUCUGAGAAGUUCCCGGUGAGAGAUCCGUUCUUCAAGAUGCUCACGCGGAGCAUGGCGACGUUCAUGAACGCCAUGACGGGUCCGGAUUACACCAUUUAUCCGUUCUCGUCGAUGAACGAGACGGAUUUCCGACACCUGCAGAAGAUUUACUUGGACGCGGUGUUCAGGCCGAAUCUGAAGUAUCUGGACUUCAAGCAGGAGGGCUGGCGACUGGAGCAUUCGGAGCUGAAGAACAGGAGCAGUGAUUAUGUGCUGAAGGGAGUGGUUUACAAUGAGAUGAAGGGCGCUUUCUCGGAGAAUGCCAGUGUUUUUGGCCAGAAGUUCCUCAAUGAAAUCCUCCCUGGUCACACGUACAGAUACGUCUCGGGUGGAGAUCCUCUGGAUAUUCCCCAACUCACGCACGAGGACCUGGUGAACUUCCACAGCAGAUACUAUCAUCCCAGCAAUGCGAGAUUCUUCAGCUAUGGCAACUUCUCGGCCGAGAAGUCCAUGGCGUACAUCAAUGAGCAGUAUUUGGCGCGCGGUGAGAAGAUUGACGCCAGCUAUAGUCAAGUGCCACGACAAGAGCGCUGGAGUGAAGCGCGAGAGGCGAACAUUUGCUGUCGCUACGACUCUCUGGGCGUGCCGUUCGAGAAGCAGAACCAAAUUGCCAUCGGUUAUCUCAUGUCGGACAUCACAAACACCUACGACACCUUCCUGCUCUACGUGCUGGCGGAGUUGAUGGUGAAGGGACCGAAUUCCUACUUCUAUCGCAGCCUCAUUGAGCCCAACAUCUCUGGUGGCUUCAAUGCCUUGACGGGCUUCGACAAUCAGCUGAGAGACACGAUGUUCGUGGUGGGAUUGCAGGACUUGGACGUGAGUGAUUUCGAGCGUGUCAAGCAGAUCUUCGACGAGACAAUCGAUCAGGCGAUAGAGAAGGGCUUCGAGGAGAAGCACGUGGAGAGUGUUUUGCACAAUAUUGAGCUCAUGCUGCGGCAUCAAUCCCCGAAAUUCGGCCUGGGACUUCUCUUCAACGUUGUUCCGCUGUGGAAUCACAACGGGGACAUCUUCUCGUCCCUUCAAGUUGGGAAUUUGAUGAAGCAACUCAGGGAGAACCUCAAGGAUCCGCAGUACUUGCAGAGAUCCGUUGAGCACUUCUUCAAGAACAACAAGCAUCGUCUCACGAUGACAAUGUCGCCGGACAAGGAGUUCGAGAAGAGAUUUGUGGAGAAGGAGAGUGAGAUUCUGCAGCGGAAAGUGGAGGAAUUGACGCCAGAGGACAAGGAGAGAAUCUUCACGGAAGGUGUGGAGUUGGAGAAGUGUCAGAAGCGCGUGGAGGAUGCCAACAUUCUGCCCUGUCUGACCAUCUCGGACAUUCCCAAGACGAUUGAGCGUGCGAGGAUUGAGAAGAUGAUUGUCACGGGAACGCCAACGCAUCUCGUGACGGCGGACACAAAUGGCGUGACGUACUUCAAGGGGAUCUUCAGUGGUGCUCAUCUGAGUGAUCAGGAGAGACUGUUGCUGCCUCUGCUGCUGGAUGUGAUCGAUCAGUUUGGCACGAAGCACCAAACUUACCGGGAAUUCGAUCAGCGCAUCAAAUCAAAGACGAAUGGCUUAAGUUUCCGGAUGCACUGCUCGGAAAAUCCACUGGAUGUGGGCAGUUUCGAUUUGGGCGUGGAGUUUGGAACCAUUUGUCUGGACAAGAACAGCCACGAUAUGUUCAACAUCUUUCAGGAUCUGUUUCACAAUUUCCAGUUCACGGAUGUGAAGCGCUUCGAGAUGCUGCUGGAGAAUUACAUGUCAAAUCUGGUGGUUGGCGUGCCCACUUCUGGCCACUUGUACGCCAUGCAGGGCGCCAGUGGAUUGGUGUCUGAGGCAGCCAACAUCCGGGAGAGUGUCUCUGGCAUUGGUCACAUUGAGUUCAUGAAGGGACUUCUGGCCACGGAACAGCCCGAGGAGAUUCUCUCGAAGAUCUCCAAGGUGGCGAGGAAGUUGCUGAGGGACAACGAGAUGCGCUGCUGCAUCAACUUCAGCGAAUCCCAUCGCGGGCAUUUGCUGGAUCAGUACGUGACCUUCAUUGAGAAUCUUCCGCUGCGCGAGGCGAAGUCAACUCAACUCACUUCGGACACUCUGAUGCCCUCAAAUCGGCACAUUUGCAUGAAUAUCCCGGUGAAUUACUGCGCCAAGUCCCUGAUGGCUGUGCCCUACGUCCAUCCGGACUUCGCGCCGCUGCGCGUCCUGGCCAAGUGGCUCUCCUCGAAGUAUCUGCUGCCCGUUGUCAGGGAGCAGAAUGGCGCCUAUGGCGCAGGAGCCAAGCUGGGCAUCGAUGGGAUUUUCUCCUUCUUCAGCUAUCGCGAUCCCAAUUGUCGCAAGACGCUGGACACCUUCGAUGCCACUGCCGAGUGGAUUCAUGCCAAUGAGAAGUCUCUAGAUGAUCAGCAGCUCUUCGAAGCGAAGUUGGGCGUCGUGCAGCAACUGGACGCCCCAACGGCGCCUGGCGAGAAGGGCGCUGAGGACUUCAAGUACGGCAUCACGCAUGAGAUCUUCGAGGAGCACAGAAGUCACGUGCUGACUGUGACCAAGGAUGAGGUGAUGAGCCUGGCUGAGAAGUACUUUGCGGCUGAUCCGCAGCGGGGUGUGGGCAGGUGUGUUUUGGGUCCGGGCGAGGAGAGCCUCAACAAGGAUGGCCAGGAGUGGUCGGUGUCGAAGGAUGAGUAAUUUGAAAGAUAUUCGCAAUAAAUCCAAUUUGUUCACAAUAAAGACUUUCCUUUGGUUAUGAUGAA